AUGACAUACUCGACUGGUAAACAGCAGUUCCGAAAAAUUGCGUUAAUUUUAAGUAAUGGCGAUUAUAGUCGACCAGAGGAUCGACUUCAGAAUGUUGGAGCGGACGCGAAUAGCUUCAGCAAUGUACUUAAACAGAUUGGCUUUCAAGUGACGACUGUCUGUAACAAAGGGAAACAUGACAUGGCUACGGCGAUUAUCGAUUUCGCUAACACGAUUCAAGAUGGCGAUUUGGUUUUAUUCUAUUAUUUCGGCCAUUGCUAUCGGGUCAAGGACAAACACUACCUUAUACCUGCUAGCGAUGGUAUGAUUGAACAGAGAACGGAUGUCGCCGAUUUUUCUGUCGAUCUCGAACGAAAUCUCGAGCGUUUUGUCGAAAAGAACACAUCUUUUGUGAAUAUCUUCAUUUUGGAUUCGUGCGGAACUUAUUCAUUGCAAAGUAGUGCGACGUUGGGCGCUGCGAAUGGAUCUGAGAAUCUUCCCCGACUGACAAAAAUAGAUGGUUUAUUCAUACAGUGUGCCUGCGGCACGAAUGAAUCAACUCGGAACAAUCUAUUCACCAAGCAUUUACUUAAUAAUGUUCAAGAAGAAAAUGUCAGUAUUCGUGAUCUUUUUCGUCAAAUUACCAAAGAUGUAGAGAAAGAGAGUAAUAAUAAACAGCGACCAUUAGUGCUCAACGGAUUGCGUCGGCACGACGAUAUUUGUCUAAACGAAGUUGAACGUCAAAAAUGGGCUGAUUUGGACGACAGUGAAAUACCGGCUCUCUUGAAAAAACAAGAAGAACAGCGAGACUGUUACGAUAACUAUCCGAAUCUUGAUGAUGUUAUCAAUCGAAAUACACCCGACAUGCAAAAAGCUGAUGAACUCACAGAUUCGUUGUUAAAUAAGCAACCAUCGGGUAAUCCAGCAGACAAGCAUACACUCUAUCAUGCUUUAAGUAAUUUAAUGGAGAGCAAUAAUCAACAAUGUGUCUUUUUUGAUUCGCGAGACGAUGUCAAACUACACGAUGCAUCCGCUAAUUUAGCUGACCUUGGCACUGAAGACAAACCAUUAAUUUUGAAGUUGAAUAGUAACAAGCAAUUCAUUGACUACAGAGAUUCAAAGGAUGAGCAUUUUGAUCUGAGAGUAAUCAAAACAUUGGAACAAGCAAUCGAACACAACGAUUCGCACCCUAUUCUUGAUGAUAUAGUUAGCAAAUUGGCAAACGCUCAUGGUAUCCAGAAAAAUGAUAUUACUCUGAGUGCUGUUUAUGUCGGAUCGUUUAAUAUUGUCUAUACUGUCAAGCAUUUGGCACAGAAAGCUAUUAAAAAGUUGGCAGAUCUCUCUAAAAAACUAAAAGAACAAUUCAAAGAUUUUGUUGCUGCGAAAAUUCAUCCACUACUAUUUCGACCAUCAUUUGAUAUAGCUCAAUUUGAUGAAUGUGGUGAUAGAGCUUUUACUAGUCCAGAAAAACAUCAAGUUGGGCCAGUUGGUCGUACUAAGGAAUACACUUCUCCAGUUGGUUAUACAAGGUAUGGAUUGAAGGUUUUAGGUAAAUAUGCGGACGAUCAAUGGUUACAUCCAUUUGGAAGUCCGCAAAACUGGUACAGAGCUUUUCAUGGAACGAAAAAUGCAAAACCUAUCGAUGGCGGUGAUCCAAACUCAGCAGCUGUUGAUGUUACUUCUAUUAUUCAUAAAAGCGGAUUCACCAAAGCAACAAAUGCUCUUCAUGGGCCUGGUGUGUACUGUUCACCCAUUCCGAAUUUUGUAGAAAAUGGAUAUGCUGGGGAAGUGAAACUAGAUACUACAGAUGGAUCGAAAAAAUUCAAGAUGAUGUUACAAGUCGCUGUCAAUCCUGAUGAUGUAAAAUUCACUAGUGAUGCUAACAUAUGGGUUGUUAAACAUCCAGAAAAUAUUCGAGCCUAUGGUAUACUCAUAAAAGAAGUCUAA